AUGCUGCCGGAUGUUAUCCAGCAGAGAAACCCUUCCAUGGGGAGACUGACGAUAGAUGGGGGCUGUGGGAAGAGCAUCCAGCAUCAGAGAAUCCACACCAGCGAAAAAGCAUUGACCUGCUCCGAAUGUGGGGAGAGUUUCCAGUACCGGUCAUAUCUCAUCCUUCACCAGAGGAUCCACACAGGGGAGCGGCCCUACGAGUGCUCCGAGUGCAGGAAGAGCUUCAGAGAGACCUCGAAGCUGAUCCGGCACCAGGUAACCCACACUGGGGAGAAGCCCUACAAGUGUGCUGAGUGUGGGAAGAGCUUCUCCGAGAACUCAAAGCUCGUCCAGCACCAGUGGGUGCACACUGGGGAAAAACCGUACGAAUGCAGGACCUGCGGGAAGAGCUUCUGCGUGAGUUCAAGUCUUAUCCGGCACCAGGUAACCCACACCAGGGAGAAUCCCCACAAGUGUGCUGAGUGCGGGAAGAGCUUCUCUGAGUACUUGAACCUUGUCCAGCACCAGUGGGUGCACACUGCGAAGAAACCCGAUGAGUGUAGGACCUGUGGGACGACCUUCAGCUCGACUUCAGCCCUGAGACGACACCAACGGAUCCACACUGGGGACAAACCCUAUGGGUGUAUGGAUUGUGGGAAGAGCUUCGGCCACAGCUCCACGCUCAUGAAACACCGGCUGAUCCACACUGGGGAGAGACCCUACAUCUGCACGUACUGCGGGGACAGCUUUCGGCAGAGUGCCCACCUCAUCCGGCACCAACGCAUCCACACCGGGGAGCGUCCCUACGUCUGUGCUGAGUGCGGAAAGGGCUUCAGAGUGAGCUCAACGCUCUUCCGGCACCAGCAGAUCCACACUGUGCAAAAGAAGUAUCUCUGCUCAGAGUCUGGCAUUGGAUGAAAUGUUUGCUCCAACCUCAUCCAGCAUCGGAGAAUCCACACCGGAGAAAAACGCUUCACCUGCAUUGAAUGUGGGAAGAGUUUCAAGCACCAGUCACAACUUACUCCUCACCGGAGGAUCCACACAGGAGAGCGGCCCUACAAGUGUUUCGAGUGUGGGAAGAGCUUCACUGUGAGCUCGAAGCUGAUGCGGCACCAGGUAACCCACACUGGGGAGAAGCCCUACAAGUGUUCCGAGUGUGGGAAGAGCUUCUCCGACAACACACAGCUCAUCCGGCACCGGCGGGUGCACACUGGGGAGAAACCCUACGAGUGCAGGACCUGCGGGAAGAGCUUCAGCGUCAGCGCAGCCCUGACACAACACCAGCGGGUCCACACGGGGGAGAAGCCCUACAAGUGCUCAGAGUGCGGGAAGAGCUUCUCUGAUAACAAGAAGCUCGUCCAGCACCAGCGGGUGCACACUGGGGAGAAACCCUACGAGUGCAGGACAUGCGGGACGUCCUUCAGGAUUAGCACAACCCUGGCACGACACCAGCAGGUCCACAGUGGGGAGAAACCCUACAAGUGUACGGACUGUGGGAAGAGCUUCGGCCACAGCUCCGCUCUCAUGCAACACCGGCUGAUCCACACCGGGGAGAAGCCCUACUCCUGCGCGUACUGCGGGGGCAGCUUUCGGCAGCGUGCCCGCCUCAUCCAGCACCAACGCAUCCACACCGGGGAGCGUCCCUACGUCUGUGCCGAGUGCGGGAAGGCCUUCAGAGUGAGCUCGGCGCUCGCCCGGCACCAGCAGACCCACAAGGGUGGGGAGCCCUAGGUGGGGUGAGUGUGGGGAGCAGUGAGGUCUGAUACCCUGUGAGCAAAGCCUGGUGUCUCCCACUCCCAUUGACCACCCUGCUUGUGGAGGGUGAAAGCAGUUUCUUCCUAGGAGAGUGAGCCCUCAGAGAUAAAGAAGGGGAGAGCCGGUGGAGGGAGCGAGUUAGAGGUUUGGGGCAGGUGUCAGGAGGAAGGUGCCUGACUCUUCAGUGGUGGGCAGCCCCAGGAUGAGGAGCAGUGGCCAUGAACUGAAACACAAGAGGUUUGACCUCGACACGACGAAGAACUUGUUCCAUUGCAGUGGCAGAGCACUGAACAAGGUGUGCAGGGGGAUGUGGAGGCUCCAUCUCUGGGCACGUCCAAGCCCUGCCUGGAGACGUUCGGGUGCCCCUGCCCCGGCAGGGCUGGGACCGGGUAACCCCCAGGGUCGGCUCCCAUGGCUGGUGCCGCUCGCAAUGGCCCCGCGCAAUAAACGUUCGUUGAGCUCCGC